AUGAUAUCAACAAAGCUUCGAGUGACCUCACGAAAGGCCGGGCUGUUCAUUAGAGCAGUAUCUACCCUGAGGAAUAACUCCUUCAUCAAAGUCUUUCCAGAUACAUCAGCGCCCUCAUCACAUAUCCUCACCUAUCUAGACACGAAUCCUCCUUCAAAAUCGCUUGCCAUUGGUUCUACUACAGAAGUUCCCCCCACCCCACAGUCAUUCAAGCAAAACCCCAAGUUUGUCUCAAUCCUCAACGAAGUCGUUUCCGAAUACGGCCACCAGGACGAAGAUGUAAUCGCACAGGCAAGAGCCUAUGCGAGUCCAGGAGGCUUCAACCUCGGAUCUGGAGGCUCAUUCUUUCCCGGCCAACGUCAAGGGCGCCACUCAGGAUCCUCCCGGAAGCAGGGCGGUGGAGGCGGAGCUGGCGGAGAUGGAGCUGGAGGAGCGAGCGCACAGGGCGGGCCAGGCGGUGCCGGCCGGGGCGGAUUCGUCCACCUGAGCGAUCGCAGAAAUCCACCGGAUUUUGGUCGGAUCGCGUGGCCGGAGGAUAUUCUGGGCAGCGUUGAAGUGGAUGAGUCUGGGCAGGUUGUCGGCAAGCUGCAGCCGAGCGGAACAUACAGGAUCGUGACCAACGAGGGAAUCCUUGGCUUGAGCCCAUUCUUAAGGGACAAGCUGAUAGAUAGGCUCCGGAAGGAGGAGGCAAAGGAGAAGGGUGUUUAA